AGAAAACAAUGUUUAACAUUUCAAUCGCCAAACUCUUUCAUCUUUGGUCGAAUUUGCAAUGACAAUUGUAGGAGGAAUGGGAGACAAUAGUGAUGUUGAUAAAAACUAGAAAACGGAAAUAAAAAUGAUAAUAAUAAAGAAUAGUAAUGAAAGUGCAGUAACUAGGAUUGUAAACAAUUUUAGAAGUAAAGUGAAUUUAAUUCCUUUAAACAAAUAAUGCCUUCACAUAAUCAGAAAGACGCAUAAUGAUAGUUCAUAUCAUAAAGAAAUAAAAAAAUCUUUAGUAUCCUCACCCUCUUAAUAUCUUAGACUUUUAACCGUUUGCGAUGAAAAGUCGCUCUAAAAGUGUAUUUGAUGGAUUCUGAUAUUGACAAUAAAAUCUCGACCUUGUAUUUUUCGAGACCAAUGAUUGUUAUCAACAAAAAUUAAAUAAACAGACCUUGGGGAUGAAACUACCAAUCCAUUUUAACGAAUGUCACAGAAAUUUCCAGCUAUCGGCCAACACUAUGAGAAGAACCAUCGACUCAGUCCAGCGGUAUCGCUCAGCUGUUCAAACCAAAACAAACAAAUCGCUCCCCAAAGUCACUCGGCAAAUGUCACCCGUCGCCUCGCCAUGGACCCCAAGCUGAUCUCUCUGACUCUCGCCACAUUAACUUGUGCCCAGGCAUACUUGUAUUUACUGAACCGAAAGAGGAAAAGGAAGAAGAGGCUUCGGGUGACGCCAUAUCUGCUAAGAAAAGAUAUAAGCGAGUCUGAAAUACACCCCGAUGAUGAUCCUGCGAAGAAGAAAAAGAGGAGACUAUGGGUAAAGCCGUGGUUACAGAGAAAAAAUAAGAGUGUCUUCGAUAAAUUAAUUCAAGAAAUGCGACUCGACGAUGAUCCCGUGUUCUACGAUUUCCAUGGGAUGAAUAAGGAGAAUUUCGACAAACUGUUAUCCUUGGUGUCGCCUCACAUUCAGAAAGAAAACACCAAAUUAAGAGACUCAAUUCCUUCAGCACAACGUCUGUCUGUAACGUUACGAUACUUAGCCACAGGAGAAGCUCGUCGCUCAUUAGCAUUGCAGUACAGGAUAAGCCACUGUUUGAUAACUCGCAUCAUUCCUGAAGUCUGUAAUGCAAUACAUUUAGUUUUAAAGGAUGAUUAUCUGCAGUUACCAAAAACAUCAGAUGAAUGGCAACAAAUAGCUAGUGAUUUCAGCAGUAACUGGAACUUUCCAAUGUGCAUAGGAGCCAUAGAUGGAAAACGCUUUCUUGUUCAAUCACAAAACACUGGACCAGAAUUUUGUGACUAUAAAGGUUAUCAUGGCAUAUUAAUGGUAGCACUUGUUGAUGCUAACUACAAGUUCUUGUAUGUAGCUACAGAAGCACAAGGCCAAGCAAAUGCUGUUGGUUUCUGGGACAAUUGUAGGUUGAAAGAAUAUCUGGACAAAAAUAUGCUUCAGGUUCCACCAGCUGCUACAUUACCAUCUGUAAAUGAGAAAGUUCCUUUUGUGAUUCUAGGUGAUGAUGCUUUUCCCUUGGAGGAUUACCUGAUGAAACCUUACCCUGGCCAAAACUUAUCCAUGGACAAGAAAAUUUUUAACUACAGAUUAUCUUGUGCUCGCAGAGUAUCAGAAAAUGCCUUUGGAAUUCUCUCUGGUAAAUUCAGAGUAUUUCAGCGACCUAUUCAGGCAACUCCAGCAAAUGCACUAAGCACAAUAUUUGCAGCAGUGGUGCUCCAUAAUUUUUUAAGAAUACAUUCCAGAGUGCCUUUGCAACAGGAAUUGCUGGAAACAGAAAACAUUGACAGUGGUGUCUCACUUCCUCAUAAAAAGGUUCCAGGAAUUGAAAAGCUUGAAGACAUCCCAAGAAAAAUUGCCAGUACUGCAGAGAUAGUACGAGAUAGUUUCAAAACCUAUUUUAAUGGAGAUAGUGGAAUUUCAUGGCAGGAUGAUGUGGCUCUCUUGGAUUGAAAUAAGAUAUGCUCUAAUUUGUUAAGAAUAUUACUGUUAUGUUGCAUUCAUGUAAUUUUGUCUUUUACAUAUAAACAUAUACUAUUAUAUAGUGUGUAAUUUAGUACAUGUAAACAUAUAAAUAUAUAUAUACAUCCAUAGUCUAUAUGAAGGAAAUGUUUUGGGGUUUAUGCCAUACUUUUUAUAUAUUUUUUAAAGUUAUAUUUUGUUAUUUUCAUAGUCAAUAAAUUUGU